AUGGGCCUUCCAAAGCUUGUUCGUAACCAAGUGGUGGCCUGGGCUCCUCCGUCUGCUUCACGGUAUAAGGUCAAUGUAGAUGGAGCAGUUUUUGCCUCGCGGAAAUCAGUUGGAGUUGGGGUUUUAAUCCGUGACUCGUAUGGUCAGGUGGUGGCUGCGAUAAGCAAGAAAAUCAAUGCUCCGUUGGGUCCAUUGGAAGCUGAGGUAAAGGCUUGGGAGGAAGGUGUGAAGUUUGUGAGGGAGGUUGGUGUCUAUGAUUUUAAGUUGGAAGGAGAUUCACUAGUGGUCUUUAAUGCUUUACGUGGACUCUCUACUACACAUGCUGCUGUGGAAUCCGUGAUCAGAGGAGUUUUAAUGGAACCUAUUAAAACAAAUGAACUUCUUGAAAAGCAGCUACCGGAAUUAUGUUAA